AUGGCUCCCCUAGGUGAAGUUGGGAACUAUUUCGGUGUGCAGGAUGCGGCACCGUUUGGGAAUGUGCCCGUGUUGCCGGCGGACAGCCCGGUUUUGUUAAGUGACCACCUGGGUCAGUCCGAAGCAGGGGGGCUACCCAGGGGACCUGCAGUCACAGACUUGGAUCAUUUAAAGGGGAUUCUCAGGCGGAGGCAGCUCUACUGCAGGACUGGAUUUCACUUAGAAAUCUUCCCCAAUGGUACUAUCCAGGGAACCAGGAAAGACCACAGCCGAUUUGGCAUCCUGGAGUUUAUCAGUAUAGCGGUGGGCCUGGUCAGCAUUCGAGGCGUGGACAGCGGACUCUACCUCGGCAUGAAUGAGAAGGGGGAGCUGUACGGAUCAGAAAAACUAACCCAAGAGUGUGUAUUCAGAGAACAGUUUGAAGAAAACUGGUAUAACACGUACUCCUCGAAUCUGUAUAAACACGUGGACACUGGAAGGCGGUUCUAUGUCGCGUUAAAUAAGGACGGGACCCCCAGAGAAGGAACGAGGACUAAACGGCACCAGAAAUUCACACAUUUUUUACCCAGACCCGUGGACCCCGACAAAGUACCCGAACUCUAUAAGGGUAUCCUAAGCCAAAGUUGA